CGUCGUGAAUUCUACUGUCAAUAAUGAGGUCACGUGUGCUGUAGUGGCUGCUCGUUGCUGUAUGAAGUGGAGGAAAACGUCGGACAAGUAUCGAACAAGAGACUCUGAGUACGGUGUAUCACCAACGUCGACUCGUGCAUCUUCGAGGACGAAGACUUCAUGGCUGCAUUACGGUCAGCAGUGAUCGAAGACUACUAUGAUGAAGAUUUCGACGAGGACUACGAGAGUGAAUGUGAAUACGACCGGAGAGACGAGAACGACGCGUACGCGAGUGGAUCUACAUUAGCGUGCUCUGAAUUCGAGGGAGUCCGGAUGACGUGUCGGAGCUGUAUCCAGAGAAUUUACUUAACUGUUCGAGAGCACUGCAAAAGCUGGAUAAACUUGUGAACUCGCUGGUUAAUGGACUGAAAAUUCGGUCUAUUCGAGCGUUCUCAACUCACUCAGCCGCAGCUCAGUCAGUCGCAAUCACAGG